AUGUCCUUGUUCAGAGUCCUCAAUGAAAUGAGACUGGACGGGUCACUGUGUGACGCCAUGCUCAGGAUGGGAGAGGUAGAAUAUAAUGUCCAUAAGACCAUCCUCUCAGGGUACAGCAAGUAUUUCAGUCUGAGUGGAGCGCCCAUGCACUCAUGUCGCUGCUAUGUUAGCGUGGCCAUGCUGGACAGAUGCAUCUAUGCCAUGGGAGCCUUCAACGGCACCCAGAUCCUUAACACAGCUGAAUGUUAUGAACCAAGCUCCAACCAGUGGCGCGUCAUCCCAUCCAUGCACGAGCAGCGAUGUGAUGCUAGCGCUGCCACCUUAAAUAGCAAGAUCUACAUCUGUGGAGGCUUCAAUGGAGACGAGUGUCUUCUCACGGCUGAGUGUUAUGACCCUGAUCAUGAACAGUGGACGCUGAUCGAGCCGAUGCACAUGCCGAUGGGAACAAGACAUGUUUCUAUUCGCACUGUUUACAUUCUUUUAUUAAUUUAUUCCUUCACACUGACUAAGAGAAAGCCUGAUCUUUUACAGGUUGGAGGUUUUGAUGGAGACAGUCUUAUGCAGAGCAUCGAGGCCUUUGACCCUCGAACCAAGUCCUGGAGGAUUCUUUCCCCCAUGUUUACCCAACGCAGAAACUUUGGCAUCGAGGUGAUGGACGGUCGCUUAUAUGUGAUUGGUGGUUAUAGCAGCAGUGAAGGCACCACCUCCACAUGCGAUGUGUAUAAAGACAAGUGGUUUGAUGUUCAUUUCCCGCAGUGCAGUCAGCUGCUGUGUGGUUUCUGGACUUCCAAACAUCACUGA